AUGGACGUUGACGACUCGGCCGUCGACCUAAGCGUCAGGUCAUUACCACCAGAGUUGAGCGAAUUAAGAGCUCUCACUGCAAGUGGUUUGACAAUAACUCCGGCACAGCCUCCACCACAUGGUGCUAGCGGGAAGCGGGUACUACGCCCCAGAUCGGAACAGAGAAGCUAUGCGGAGAGUCCGGACAUUGUUCUGCUGCCAGCGGCACCACCCCACCGAAAACCAAACUUACCUGCACCGGCACCGUUUACAGACGUCAGCAGCAAGCUGAACGCGAGCGUGAACGUGUCGAUAACGCCCAGCGCGCCCGCACCGGCGGCGCCCGACUCCCCUCGGGAGCCCCGCGACGAGGAGGACUCCGAGGAGGAGGAGAACGAGCCCCCGCUGCCGAUCGCCGGCCACAGAGAGCUGUCCAGUGCCGAGAUAUGGGAGCGGGAACGGAGACUCAGGGCCUUGAGGGAAAAGCUCCGUGCAGAGGAGACCCGCCUUGUCCUGCUGAAGAAGUUACGCCAGUCGCAACAAGCAACAGGAAUACCUCCGGCUAAAGACACAACGACCGGUACAGCCCUGGCGGGCAGCGGCUGCGUCGUCCCUCCCGGUGUGACUGUGACACCAGCACCGCCACCGGCACACCAGCAGAACAAGCGAUCCAACACUAAUUCAGCGGCGGGCAACAACCUCGCCUCGUCUGCCCGUCGACCCUCCAGCCUUCCCGGCGGUGCAACCCUCACUCCAGGGCCUUAUCGUUCACAGAACUCCGCCAGCGGUGGGGCCAGCAUCACACCAUCAGUGACCAUAACCCCAGCGCCGCCUCCCGCCACUCAGCAUGCCCAACCCAAGGCUAGUACGCGCAGCUCCGAGGAUACACAAACCCCCGCCCAGAGGCAGGCCGCAGCAAAACUGGCGCUGCGGAAGCAACUGGAGAAGACACUCCUACAGAUCCCACCUCCGAAACCCCCACCGCCGGAGAUGAACUUCAUACCGUCGCCGAGCAACACAGACUUCGUAUACCUAGUGGGACUAGAGCACGUCGUCGACUACCUCACCAAUGAAGAGCGAAUGCCGCGCUCGAGCGUGCCCGCCGUUUGCGCGCAGUGCGGCUGCGACUUCACGGCGGUGUGGCGCUGGGAGCGGGCGCCGCCCCGCCGCCAGGACGCCACAUUCAGCUGCGCGCCUUCAGCUCGCCGCCUCUGCGAGCUCUGCGUAUCCGGCAACGUGAAGCGGGCGCUUAAGGCGGAGCACACCGCCCGACUAAAGACCGCGUUCGUGCGCGCGCUGCAGCAGGAGCAGGAGAUCGAGCGGCGGCUGGCGGCGCCGGCGCCCUCCCCGCCGCCCGCCCCGCCGCCCGCACACGCCGCCGCGCCCGCACACACGCACACGCCGCACGCCACGCACGCCCACCGCACACCACAGAUGUCUGUAUCGCGGUCUUCGACCCGAACCCCGGCACCGUCAACACCUUCGGCAGCAGCCACUCCUCAGCCGACAACCACUAAACCGCCACAGCCUUCUAAUAGCAACCGCUCAUUGGCCGGGACUGGGGAAACGAUCAGCCGCAACCACCACUCAGAUAGAGCCCGAGAAACAGAAGUGCCAGCGAAGAAAGGUAAAGGAUCAUCGUCGAGCAAUGCCAGUCAAGGAAGCAGCUCCAGUAAGCAGCAUCAGCAAUUGGCUGCAGCUGCGGCCGCGCAGAUGGCGUUCGAACAGCACAGCGCGGCAGCCAUGCAAGCUCUUCAGCACCAAUUGCUCAGAGGUCUUAGCGGUGCUGCGGGAAGCGGUGGUAUGUCCGCAGCGGCCGCCGCCGCUAUGAUGCAGUUCUCUCCGCUGCUUUACACCUACCAGCUCGCAAUGGCGCAGGCCUCCGCGCUAGGUAAGCGUUCCGGGAAGAGCGGCAACAGCGGCAACACCGCAGCGAUGGCGGAGAUGCAACGCGUGGCGGAAGCGCAGAGGCACACCGCUGGGACGUCAGAU